UGACGUGUCAGUUUGUUUACAGCGGUGCCUGCGCCGCAGCUCUGCACAGCCAUGGCUAUGGACAGAACUUUACUUUUCAAAGCCAGUGUCAAGACAGUGAAAACCAGGAACAAGGCGAUAGGAAUAUGCUUUGACUCCACCAAAGAUGAAAUUCUCAAGAAAUGCAGACCCAAGAGUGGCUUCUCUCCGAAGGCGAAAGAAGUGAUCACGAACAUCACCAAGCUCAAAGACUUUCUGCUACAACACAGGAAAGAUUAUGUGAGCGCUGGAAGUCUCAUCUCAUCAGAUGUUACCCGUAUGACGGACAAUGAACGCGACCAGAUUGACCAGGAUGCUCAGAUCUUCAUGAGGACCUGCUCUGAGGCCAUCAAGCAGCUACGCAUUGAAGCGGAGAAACAGGUGACAUCAGCCCAGAUAAAGGAGCACAGAGGGGCAGUGCUGGACCUCAUUGAAAUGUAUCUAAGAGCGGUAUGCAAGCUGUACUCUGAGCAGAGAGCAAUCAGGGUCAAGAGAAUGGUGGACAAGAAGAGGCUAUCAAGACUGGCACCAGAGCACCACAUUCGGGUGGAGAAAGCACCAGAGGUGGAUCCCACGGAGGAGCCCACGGAGGAGAAGACUGUCAAGGAGGAAAGCUCUGAGAAUAGUGUGUCAGAGGUCCUGGACAACCCUGUCAACCUGUGGGAGGAGGCCCGAGUGGAGGAUGAGCUCUCUCCUGAGGAGAUCCAGAUGUUUGAGCAGGAGAACCAGAGGUUGGUGAGUGAGAUGAACAGCCUCGUGGAUGAAGUGAGGCAAAUCGAGGGGAAGGUGGUGGAGAUCUCACGACUGCAGGAGAUCUUUGCUGAGAAAGUCCUGCAACAAGAAACAGAGAUAGGCAGUAUUCAUCAGCUGGUUGUGGGUGCUACAGAAAACGUCAAAGAAGGCAAUGAGGAUAUACGAGAGGCCAUCAAAAACAACGCUGGCUUCCGGGUGUGGAUCCUGUUCUUCCUGGUCAUGUGCUCUUUUUCUCUCCUCUUCCUGGACUGGUAUGACAGCUAACACAGCUAGCACGCAUGGACUCUAUACGACAGGAAACCGCCUGACUCUGGUGCAUAUUGGUUAUCUCAUAAAGAAGCGGAUGACACUGAGACUGAAUGAACAGUUUUCCAUGCUGGACCUGGUGUACAAAGUGUUCUUCAUGAAGAGUCUAUGUUCAAGUAGAAAUGGCAGUUUGUUCUUCCCUGGUUAUCUUAUUAAUAAUUGUCCAGUGCUUUCAGGGCAGAUUCAGUGUUUAAAAGCACUUCUGUGGAGGCGAGCUUUGUCUGGAGCACUGUGUCUACUUUAAGUGUGUAUAUGGUUGGGCAGUCAGUCUUUCUCCACCACUAAAAGCAGUGAAAAUGGUUUGAUUGGCAGCAACUAUUCUUGCCUGACUAACUGAAAAAAGUGUAUUUCUGUCGAUCCCUUUUUGGAAGGUUCUAGAGGAUACUGACUUUUCAAUUUAAAUAGAUUAUAAACUUGUAUCCCUGAAUUACAUACAAUGAUGAUUCACUGUUGAAUGCUGAGAAUGUUUUUGUUGUUUGCUUUCUAAGCAAUUGUCAGCAGCAGAACAAUUCAUUUGAUAUCUAUCAAAGCGCAACUGUACUAACACACCACUCUAGUAAAGCUAACUUAAUUAAA